AUGUCUCCUAAGACCUACAGCAUCGCAUGUAUCCCAGCCGAUGGAAUUGGUCCAGAGGUCAUCAACGCCGGUAUUACAGCUCUGAGUGCCUUGACCGAUACACUCAAGACGUUCCAGUUGAAGUUCAAAAAUUAUGACUGGAGCUCCGAGACCUACAAAAAGACCGGCAAAUAUAUCCCCGAUGGUGGACUCGAGGAGCUGAAGAAGCACGACGCCAUCUUCUUCGGCGCCGUCGGUGCUCCUGAUGUCCCUGAUCAUAUUUCCCUAUGGGGUCUGAGACUGGCCAUCUGCCAGCCGUUCCAGCAGUACGCGAAUGUGCGCCCGACACGGGUAUUCCGCGGCACCGAGUCCCCAUUGCGCAAGUGCGGGCCCAAGGACCUUGACUGGGUGAUCAUCCGUGAGAACAGUGAGGGAGAAUAUGCUGGUCAGGGUGGUCGCUCCCACGCCGGAAAGCCAUGGGAGGUCGCGACUGAAGUUUCCAUCUUCUCCCGUCAUGGCGUGGAGAGGAUUAUGCGGUUUGCCUUUGAGACUGCUCAGAAGCGGCCGCGCAAGCUCUUGACUGUGGUCACUAAGAGUAAUGCGCAGCGCAACGGCAUGGUUCUCUGGGAUGAAGUGGCAAAGCUUGUUGCGGUGGAUUUCCAUGAUGUCACUGUGGACAAGAUGCUUGUUGAUGCUAUGACCACUCGCAUGGUUCUGAAGCCUGAGAGUUUGGAUACUAUCGUUGCUACCAAUUUGCAUGCUGAUAUCCUCUCUGAUCUCGCUGCCUCUCUGGCUGGAUCUAUCGGUAUCGCCCCUACCUCUAACCUCGACCCUACACGGGAGUAUCCUAGUAUGUUCGAGCCCAUUCACGGCUCCGCUUUUGAUAUCACCGGCAUGGGUAUCUCCAACCCCGUUGCUACAUUCUGGACGGCCGCGGAGAUGCUUGCUUGGCUCGGCGAGGAGGAGGCUUCCAAGCAGUUGUUGGCUUGUGUUGAGAAUGUCUGCGAGCAGGGGAUUCUUACCCGUGACUUGGGUGGUGACGCCACGACGAAGCAGGUCACUGAUGCAGUUGUGGCGGAGAUCAAGAAGCUUGCGAUUCGCAAAAUCUUAUUAGAUUCCAGUGAUGGCUCAGCGCCUACACCCCUGACGUCUUUACACAGGACCAUUAGCCCGCCAUUGCCACGAGGCUGUCCCGGACUGACUGAUGGUAAAUUGACUUCUGGCACUGGAGACACUGCUCGCCCUGCACAGGUCAUCAAUUCGCCAGUACAGCUCACGCAUAUUCGAGACUCGCCAGUUGGUAAUAAUGUCGACACUAUCGGACUACGCGACAUUCUAGGAGAUCCCAUGAUCCGCGAAUGUUGGCAGUUCAACUACCUCUUUGAUGUGGAUUUUCUCAUGUCACAGUUUGACGAGGAUGUUCGGGCUCUGGUACAAGUAAAGGUUGUGCAUGGAUCGUGGCGGAGAGAGGACACGAAUCGCAUUCGAGUUGAGGAAGCCUGUUCGCGAUAUCAUAAUGUUAAGCCUAUCGUGGCCUACAUGCCGGAGCCUUUCGGGACACAUCAUUCCAAGAUGAUGAUUCUUCUUCGACAUGAUGAUCUAGCCCAGGUUAUCAUCCACACGGCAAACAUGAUCCAUAUGGAUUGGACCAAUAUGACCCAAGCCGCCUGGUGCUCUCCACUGCUUCCCCUGCAGAAGGCAAGCUCAGCAGGAUCUCAGACAGACGGCAAAAUUGGCUUGGGCGCACGCUUUAAAAGGGAUCUCCUUGCUUAUCUGAAAGCGUAUGGACCGAAAAAGACCGGCCCGCUGGUUCAGCAGCUGGAUAGCUAUAACUUCAACUCUAUUCGCGCUGCCCUCAUUGCUAGCGUCCCGUCCAAAAAGCACGUCAGUGACUCAAGCUCAGAAGAGGAUACACUAUGGGGCUGGCCUGCUCUGAAAGACUUGAUGAGCCAAAUACCCAUCCAGCAGGAAAACACAAGCAGGAAACCACACAUAGUAAUCCAGAUCUCUUCAGUGGCAACCCUCGGACAAACAAACAAAUGGCUCAAAGACGUCUUCUUCAAAGCCCUCGCCCCAACCCAAACCCCACACCCGACAACCUACUCAAUAAUCUUCCCAACCCCAGACGAAAUCCGCCGCUCCUUAGACGGCUAUAACUCCGGCAGCUCGAUCCACAUGAAAACUCAAAGCGCAGCACAACAAAAGCAACUGCAAUACCUGCGUCCCCAUCUCUGUCAAUGGGCAGGCGAUUCCCUCCCCCAAGGCCAAUGCAUCGACCUAUCCGAAGACAAUCCCCCAAGACGCGAAGCAGGCCGCGCCCGCGCAGCCCCACACAUCAAGACUUACAUCCGCUUCGCAGACUCAGAUAUGAAGACUAUCGACUGGGCAAUGGUGUCGUCGGCGAAUCUGUCCACGCAGGCAUGGGGCGCGGCGACGAAUGGGAGUGGCGAGGUGCGCAUUUGUAGCUGGGAGAUUGGCGUUGUUGUUUGGCCGGAUCUUUUCCGAGACGGGGAUUGCGGCGACACUGCGUCUGGAUCUGUGUCUGAAUCCCGAGCAGAAGGGAAAUCCCCUGUGUCGGACGCGCUGAUGGUUCCUUGCUUUAGGCGGGAUCGUCCUGUUAUGCCUGAGGGUGUCGAGACGGCCUCUGUGGUCGUCGGGUUCCGGAUGCCUUAUGAUCUUCCAUUGACGCCGUAUGGUGCGGCUGAUGAGCCGUGGUGCGCGACUGCUUCGCAUGCUCUGCCAGACUGGAGGGGGGAUAGCUGGAUUGUUUGA